AUGGCGGUUGAUCAGACUCGAAACAGCUCGGUUCCCGCAUUGUUCGUUUUUGGGGAUUCUACGGUCGAUUCGGGCAAUAAUAACUACAUUAAAACUAUCAGUAAAAGCAAUUUCCCGCCGUACGGAAAGGAUUUUCCGGGUAAAAUAGCCACCGGAAGGUUUUGCAACGGCCGGCUUGUCACCGAUUUUAUAGUUUCGUACGCUGGUAUUAAAGAGUACGUGCCACCGUACUUGGACCCAACACUUAGCCUCGACGAACUCGAAACCGGAGUUUGCUUUGCCUCUGCCGGAACUGGAUACGACCCCCUCACGGCUCAAAUAAGCGAUGGAGUAAUCACUAUACAAAAACAAUUGAAAUAUUUCAAUGAGUACAAAUCAAAAAUGGAAGUGUACAUUGGCAAGGAGAAGACAAGAAGCCUAAUAAAUAAGGCUGUGUUCCUAAUAAGCGCUGGCACUAAUGAUUUUAUUCUCAAUUAUUUUGGACCGCCGAUUAGAAGCAAGACUUACACUAUCUCCUCUUAUCAAGAAUUCGUUUUACAGCUUUUCCAACAAUUCCUCCAGGGACUAAUAAACAUGGGCGCCCGGAAGAUUGCUGUUGUGGGGCUGCCACCCUUUGGAUGCGUGCCAGCUGUCAUCACAUUGAAAUCCGACCACCCGUUGGAUCGUCGCGGGUGCAUCGACAGCCUGUCAGCCGUCGCACGGGAUUACAACCGCCUGCUCGUGAAAAAAUUGACGGCCGUCCAAACUAACGGCGUCAUGAUUAAAUACGUCGAUGUGUACAAACCCUUGGACGAUAUGGUUACAAAGCCCCAACAAUUUGGUUUUGAAAAGGUGGGUUGCGGUUGCUGUGGGAGUGGACUAAUAGAGCUUUCGAUUUUGUGCAAUAAACUCUCGCCGGUUUGUUCCGAUGCCUCUAAGUAUGUGUUUUGGGACUCCGUACACCCGACUGAAGCUGCUUACUAUAAAAUCUUCGAGUCUUUGCUCCCUGUGGUUAAUCAGUUUCUACGAUAA